AUGUCAUUUUUAUUUGGUAAGAAAAAAAACGAGGUGCAGGUGGAGGAGGACGGGAGUCGGUUACAAGAUACUUUAGGGUUUGAUCCCAAUCAAGUAACAAAUGUUGCUAAUAUCAUCGGGACGCCUGGGGUGUUAGAUGUGUCUAGAUUGCAUCCAUUGGCCGGGUUGGAACGGGGGGUUGAGUACCUGGAUUUGGAAGAUGAGAAGCUGUCAAAUAUGGAGGGAUCUCAGGGAUUGAUUCCUUCCAGGGGGUGGACAGAUGACUUGUGUUACGGGACCGGGGCGGUGUACUUGACGGGACUUGGGUUGGGAGGCACGUAUGGGUUCUUGGAGGGGCUGAAGAAUAUUCCUCCCAAGUCACCAGGGAAGUUGCAGUUGAACACAGUGUUGAAUCAUGUCACGAGGAGGGGGCCAUUUUUAGGAAAUAACGCGGGGGUGCUAGCGUUGGUGUAUAACUUGGUGAAUUCUACGAUUGCUUCAUUUCGUGGCAAACAUGACACUGUGGGCUCUAUGACGGCAGGUGCACUGUCAGGUGCCAUUUUUAAGUCAUCUAAGGGGUUGAAACCAAUGGGGUACGCGUCAGGGACGAUGAUGUUGGCUGCUGCGGGGUGGAGCAGUGUUAAGUCUCUUCUGUAG